AUGUCAUCGUCAUACGACAACCCCGUACCCACUCCGGCAGAGUCCUUCGUCGACUCAGGCCCGGACGGCCAGCCGGCGAAGCGGAGACGUAUCAAUUUCGCCUGCAACUACUGCCGCAACCGCAAGACGCGCUGCGACGAGCAGAAACCCUCCUGCAGGGCCUGCAUAGCCGCCGGGAUCGAGUGCGUCACCACCGACCGCCGCCGUCCCGGCGUCGAGGUACAGCGCCGCGAGACUAAGCGCCGCAUGUCAAGGGCGUCCAACUCGUCUCUGCCGCAGUCCUCGUCGGCGUCGGCGGGCCCGUACGCGUCUCCACCUCCGGCUAGAGAGGCCGAGAUCUGCGUCAGCUCGGCGGCCGCCGCUGCUGCUGCUGCUGAUGCUUCGGGCCAUAAGAGCUCACCAUCCGCGGCCAGCAUCAGCCGCGACGACAACAACUCGGGGAGGUCGACGGUUCCUACACCGGGCCAUCGCAGCUCGACUUCCGCGCCUAAUGUUCCCCCUCCUCAAGAAGAUGAAGAGCCAGCCGCCGGUAACGGCAAGUUCCAAGGAAAGUUACCCGUAGUCCGACCAAGUCGCCACAGUACCUCGGUAGAGAUCCUAGCCGACUGGAUCGAUCUCGCUUCGCGUCGGCUGGGGCUGCAGCAUAGGAGGGGUCUGCCGCCAUGCAACCCGUCAUCCCACCGUAUACGGACCCUCCUCUCGUCUGAGCCGUGUCGUUUCCCGCCCGCGGGAUCUGCGCGCUUGUUAGCCGCCAGGUUCUUUGACGGCGUGAAUGUGCUUUACCCCUUGCUCCAUCGCGAUAGUUUUCAAAAGGACAUCGACCUGGCGUUGGGGUCGAAUCCCGUCGAGUUUGCCGAGAGGCGAGGCAUCGCCCUUCUCGCUCAGCUGUACCUCGUCUGGUCGAUCGGCUUUGCCGCGGAACCUCUCCUCGACCCGGUAGUAGAUCCUCAGGAGUAUCUGGAUUACUGCAAGACGUUACUUGGUCACCUCGUGAUUACCAACAGCGUCGACAAUGUUCGAGCGAUUGUUCUCCUGGCUUUGUGUAUGCACUGUUACGACGACACCGCCGGGUCGUGGAACGCGUUGACUGUCGGCGUGAACAUGGCCACGGGUAUGGGCCUGCACAAGCCUCGCACGUGUCGUCGUAAAUGCCAGAACAGAAAGCCGGGCGCGCUCGACGACGAGGAGCGCCGGAUUUUCUGGCUGGGUAUAUAUGCGUUCGAGAAGUUCCUGGCGUUCGAGAUGGGUCGCUUGUCGUCGAUUGACGAUGAGGAUUGUUACCCGCCUCACGUGCAGGACCUCGACACGUACACGGAAGCGGGUACGUCGUCGAGGGGCAAGGCUUUUGCCGUCACGGUAGACCUUGCGAGGAUUCUCAGCGAGAUUGGAAGGAAGUCUGUUAUCGUCAGUAGAAAGGAAGACGGUGUUGCAGGACCGGCGCUGCAAGCUGUCAUCACCGAGAAGGUCCAGACGACCGGCGAGGCACAGCUGCUGCUCACGAGAUGGGGCGAAUCAGUUCCUGAUGAGCUCAGACCAACCUCGGAUAUUCUUAUCGGGUCUAGGAUAUGUCCGUUUGCCUCAUUUAUCUCGAUGCACUACAACAAUGCACUUGUCAUUCUCUCAAGAAACAGUCUUCUUAUCAGCGAAGAGGCAAUAUCAAGCGGCGCCAAUAUCAUUGCCAAAGGCAAACCCUGGGACUACAUUGUACGCAACGGCCAGUCGAUUGCAGCCAACGCCGCCAGGAAGAUGCUGCGCCUACUCGUCGAGACACUCGACUCGAAAUCAAAUUCAGUGUACCCAAGUCUUCUUGUCGCGCUCCAUGCCCUAGCUACCUUGUCAGUGCACAUCGUUACCCACCCGGAUUCUCGAAUCUCGGCGAUGGACUUUCACGACAGCACAGCACAUCAGCACCUCAACUGCAUUCAUCUCUUUGUCUUCACUGCUCAAAAACAAGAAAUUGAUACCAUGAUAUUCAAGAAAAGCGCAACUUUUGCCGCCCUUUGGGCACUUUGCCAGCAAGUUUCUGCGGCUUGCGGCUGCAGUCUUGAGGUCGAGAGCCACAUCAACGACGGCCUGUCUCUGGAUAUGGUGUCCUCUCUCAUCAUCGGUUCUCAAGCAGCUGCGAUCAUCGAUUUGCCAAUGGCGGUGACCCAGGCAACUGCUCUGGCGGAAUGGGUGAAGAACAUCACUGACAAGCCCCUUGUUGCUGCGUUUACCACCCACAACCACCCUGAUCACUAUCUCAGUGGGAAGGCCUUCCUGGAGCAUUUCCCGGGGGCGAAGCACUACGCAAUCCCCGAGGCUACUUACUGGAUCAACAACGAGGCUGCCAAUAAGACCGCGGACUGGACCGCCAUCUACGGCGAAGGAGUCAUCGCCUCCGAACCCGCGAUCCCGACACCCUACAACUUCUCCUUCUUCGCCCUCCCCGGCGACGAAGCUUGCCCGAUCGAGAUUCUCAAGCCCGCCGGCGGCGACACGGUCGACGAGGCCAUGUUCUGGAUCCCUUCCUCCAAGACCCUGAUCGCCGGCGACGUCGUCUACGGCCACCAGAUGCACGCCUGGCUCGCCGAUCUUCUCACCCCGGCCCUCACCCAGUCCUGGCUCGCGACGCUCGACUUCAUCUCCGGUCUCCGUCCCCAAAUGGUCAUCCCAGGCCACGCGCUGUCCACGGACUCUUUCACCGCCACCAAUGAUAUCGAUCACACCCGCGACUACGUCUCCUUUUUCCAGCAGAACAUCGAGGCCAAGGGCGCCGACUUCUAUACCCCCGAGGAGAUUUCCAACAUGCUCGAGGCUGCUUUCCCUGGGUUGACGAACCUGACUUCUUCUACUACCUCGGCCACUCUGCUCGGCAUCACGUCCGAGAACUUUGGACGGGGCGGUGAGAGAGAGGCUCACUACCUGGAUUUGACUGCUUUCAAUGACACCAAGGUCUUGAACGGCUGGCAGCUUUGA